CCAUGUCGGAGGGCUCAAGAAUACGGGAGUCCUGGCUUGUAGCCCUCACCGACGCUCAGGCUCGGUUCCGCUCACUCCUAAGCGCCCCAGCAUCCGAUUGGAAACGUGUACCUUUAAGUCAAGGACCUGCCAAACAGGAUGGACCCGCUUCGUAUUCCAGUAAAGGAAAGAGUCGAGCUGGGACAACACUCUCGGAUGUCGCAGUACACAGGCGACAAGGAAAGGACGGAGAGGUGUAUAGGGCAAUGUUGGAUGUGUUCACAGACGAGGGAGGGUUGCUCGAUGCCGACAACUGGAAAGCGGUGUUACAGACACCGGAGCUGAGGAAGAGCUGGGAUCCCAUUGUGGAUGGUUCCCAUCUGGUCGAACUAUUAGAUCCAGAUACGCGAAUUUGCAAGACGGAAUUUAAACUGGGUUGGCCUGCGAAUCCCCGAGAUGCGAUCACAAUUGCCCGCAUAUUCAGCGAUUCCUCAGCACUCAUUGAUAUCUCAACAUCUCUGCCCAGAUCUUCCGACGAUCCAGCGUAUUUGCGUCCUUCCCCACCUUACGUCCGGUCGAAUGUGCGGUUGUCCUCUUGGUGCAUUCAAUUCAUUCCCGGGACAAGUUCGCCGACCGAGAGCUCCAGCAGGGCGCCGUCGUCUGCAAGAGUUCGGUUGAUGUGCUUCUGGCAACAUGACUUGAACGCUGUCUGGGGUAUGGCUGGUCUUGGUAUUGGACAACACCUACCAGUUCUCCUUCUAGGACUAGUGGAAAGUGUGAGGCAAAAGGGCAACCGAAUACCGAGAUUCAUUGGAUAUGGUCUUGGUAUUUCCAUAUUCUCCAUCGUUUAUGGAGAAGCUGGACGAGAAGCGUUGGUCAUGGAGUACGCAAUUAUUCAGCCCGAGGACGAUGAGUUCGAAGUAGGCGGACCAAAGGAAAAGACCUUGAAAGAGGUUCAAUUACAGAAGGAAAGGCGACGGCUUGAGCGCACUAUCGAACUUGGUUUGCCUUCCACGCAUGGUUGGGACUUGCAGGUCACAGUGAAGGCUCCUUCUGAGGAGACAGCUGCCGCGCCUUGGGUCGCCCAAGCAGGGCGAAUAACGCAAGGUGGUUCAUCUGCGGAUUCCGCCCGCCUCGUUUUCAGAAUCGUCCAUCCGCCUCCGCCAACGGACUCCAUUGUCAGCGUGAAGCUCAUCGCCGAACUCGCAGGUGGUGUUCCUGGUAUCAGGGUGAAUGGGUUACCUCAAGAGAUCACCUCUUUCGAAUCCCGCGAUCCUAUAUCCUUCGCAAUCAACAAGGAUACAUUUGGCGAUGUCAGUGAUGUGCAAGCCAUCAGCAUACACACUGUGAACACAAUAGAGUCAGCCGAAUCUGGUCCGUCCUCUCAAGUCAGCAAAAGGCCAAUCAUACGGACUGCCACAGAGCGCAGUCCUGCCGCCGAGAAAGCCAUCCUCAGCUUGGUCCGCCGGAACUACAUCUACUUCACUUCAUUGUUGCAGGAGCCGGAGGCGAAGUGGAAAUACAUCACUGAAUCGCGAGGUGUAACGGUGACCCAACUCGAUUCUAUUGAUCCUACCCUGGUUGUGUAUCGUGCAGCUGCAGUUUUCGUGGGGGUCACCCUGUGGGAUCUCUUCAGCAUGGUGGAUACUCCGGGUACAAGAAGUCAAUGGGACAAGAGUUUCGACGAUGCCGUUUUCCUCGAGGAUGUCAACGAGCUGACAGAUCUUUGGCACUGGAAGACGAAGGGAGUAUGGCCGGUAAUGCCACGGGACUCAACUUUGUUGAAGACCGUAUACAAGUCCUCUUCUUCCGUUCACAUAUUUGCCUUCUCGACGGAAGACACGAACCUCUUCCCAUCGAUCCCACCAACCGAUCCGGCCUUCAUUCGCAGUCAAAUAGACCUGCAAGGAUGGGCGAUUGAGGCAUUAUCUCCAACGACUACUCAGAUCACGCUUUUGGAUCAAUCCGAUCCGAAAGGGUGGUCAAACAAAGCAUACAUCCCUGGGCAAAUGAUUGCCACCCUGGGUGGGAUGGGAGAAUUCGCCAUCAAGCUGGGUAGCCCUCCUAUGAUUACCCGUCUCGGCGGCGCACGGCUCACUCGAAGUCGAUACGAGUUCGACAAAGGCUUGUUCCGAAUAGAGUAUGAAGGUUCCGAGCAGAGGCGGUCUCCGAACGUGGAACCAGAAGCGGAGCGGUCGAAGGAAGUUAUACCUGCAUCUCCAACAAGCGCUGAACAUCCACCCCCCGAUUUACCUCCUGUUACCAGCCCUCAGCCGUUGGAUUUAAUACCAAAGCUGGAGUGUGAGAUUCGCAUAGAUGCUGAUUCUUGGGCAUCCCAUAUUGAGCUCGUCAUCGAUCCACCGCCUCAGUCAGUGUCGUGUUUGAGGCGACACAAACUGGCUACAAAGGGAGGGGGAUUGUGGAUCACUAUUGAACACGAUGCGAUAAUGGUUGGUGAGGAACGCGUCCUAGUACAGAUCAAGAAAGUUCCUGGAUCGAUCAGGGAGAAGGCUGUGGUAACCGUCAAUGGCGCCAAGGUCAAGGUCGAUGUAGUUUCUUUGCCGGAAGCUGAGAUCAAGUCUCGGUCAAGGCAAAAGCGUGUGAAACCAAUUCGGAUGCCAUUGGAUCAGCCACCAGUACCUGGGUUGAGAAGGAAAAGGACAGAUACCGAAGAUGGGGAGAUGAGCGGAGCUGAGACGGUCACGUUACGACGAAGACAGGCGAGGAUGUCCGUGCAGCCUUUCACGAGUCCAGUCGCCAGGUGGUUUUCUAUGGCAGUUGAGCAGGCAAGCAGCACGACCGCAGCGGCAACAGCAGCCAUGGGCCCCACUCCUGCAUCUCGCCUGAAAGAGGAUACUACGUCCACAACAACUCCUCUUCGUGCAGCACUCGGAGCCCUUUCAAUCGUUCAGCGACUCCAAGCGAUUCCCGUCGCUCACUGGAUCAGUAUCACUGAGAACAAUGGCUUCUCUGUGUCUCGUCGGAUUUUUGAAGAGAUCUCGCCAACAAUUCCGAUACAUCGGUCGGAAAAGGUUAUCGAAGGCAUCUCUGCUGAGGACGUUGCCCAUCUCAUCUCCGAUCUUCAUUCCCGCAAGCAAUGGGACGAUAGGCUCGAGUCUUCCGCCGUUGUUGAAGAGUACGGAUUUGGGUGCUCCACUGCCUUUUUGGCCCUGAGGACCACAUUUCCAUUCCAGAAUCGAGGGUUUUAUGUGGCGGCCAUAACGGGACGGGCACCGUCUGGUCAAAGGAGCAAUAAAGCAGACGCAGACAGUCCGCUAUCAGGCAGCAGUGGAUGGGUGUCUGCCGAUGCUGUAUCCACUAUCUAUCAUGCGAUGGCGUCUUUCCCAGAAUCUGCCCUUGCCUCAAAUAUGUCACCCGCAAAAAUCAACUCCGCGGGACUGUCCAUUGGUCAUAUCCACCUCCAUGGAUGGGUUAUCGAGACCUUGGACCCGUACACAACAGAGAAUUUCGCCAUUCCAUCCACCCGCGUUAUUCAAUUCAGCGCAAUUGACUUUGCUGGCCAGAUUCCGCUCGCCGUAAACGGCAUGCUGAACUCUGCCUUACCGCACAGUAUUCUGGCCAUCCAAAAGGCGGUGAAAACCCAGCCGCCUCUUCCGUCUCUGCGGUGGCCUGCCAAAGCGCUUUCUGUCUCGCGGGACGAGGAGGUGACCACCGGGGCCGAAUGGCUGCUGGACAUAUCCGACGAACAGCGCACACUUGUCAAUCAGUCUUUCGCUCCGAGUAGCAAAACCUUCAAAGCUCGUGUCAUAAUCAAGCCUCGAAGACCUGGUCCGGUCACGCGACCAUCAACCCCUUUCGAUAAAGAUAAAACUCCAACCAUGCCGACUACAAAACUCCUCGAGCCUAGUGCCACUCCUAAGAUGGUUGUUGAGGACGGUUCUGCAAGGACGUCACCAAUACCAUUUUCUUCCGCAUCUACACUCACUGUCAAUGGCUCAGCAUCUGACCUAGGCAGCGUAAGGUUAUCGCGAGGACACGUCCGAACAUCCUCCCUCACUGUCAGACCGUCAUCUUUGUCGCCGCCGCUACAACGUCCCAGGGUGGGUUCUUCUGCACCCAAACCUUCGAUGCUGGCCAACGUGCCCAGGACAUUGGCGAACCUCGAUUUCGUUUUAGGGGAAGUAUUGCUCUAUCCGGAUCUCUAUGGAUUGUCCUAUCGUAUUGAUGUCGAUUACGAGCUGCUGUCUGGAUCCAACUCAAAGCCAUUAGAUCUUGCUGCCAGCCUUAAAAGCCCCACGCCAUCCGACCUGCAGAUUCGGGCAUCUGUGUACACUAUGCCUCCCUCUCCCCUUCAUUCUCAUGCUAUGGACUUGUCCGUGGCCACGCCACCAACUAAGCAUCUGUUACGAUUCACUUUGCCUACGGCACUAUAUUACACGUCCGGGUUGGAUCCUCUCAGCAUCGACGAUGCGAGCGAUGGGCACGGUCCGGAAUUUCCUACCUGGUUGAAAGACUUGGAGGAGAAGGGAGCUGUUGUCUCGAUUACCAUCACACCGAAUGACUCGAUCUCCAGGAGCGGAAUACUGUUCCAGGGAAAACCGCUCAAAGUAUCUGGGGAGAAUGAGUCUGUGGAUGUACUAGGCACGGAGGAGUUAGAAGACAACCGGGCGGGAAAGCUGGCCAAGCUGCGCAGAGGAUCUGCAAGCGAUGGACAACUGAUUCCGAAGGAGUUACGGAAACCACUCACGGUCGCUAUGGACUUCGUUAAGGAGGACACUAUUACUGCCGAUCCGGCCGUCGGAGAUGCGCAAAUUGCGGAUCCGGGUAAUGAGGGAAAGCCUGCCGACACUGAUACAUCGGAGCAUGUCACGACGGUCGAUACGGUGGACAAUAAGCCGGCGGGACAGCUCACUCUCUUGGGGUUCUUCAACACGAACACUCUGUUGCGUCUCACGCCAUCUAUUACCAUCCCGUCGUUCAUGAGCUCGCCCCUCCCAACACGUCCCGGAACACCGUCCAAAGGCACCAGACCGGCCAUCUCUCGCAGAACGUCAGGAUCACCACUAGGCACUGUUUCCUGGAAGCAUGUUCUCCAUGACCCGCAAUUCAGCCUCAAAUUCGUCGUCGUCACGGCCAUCAUCGCCUUCUUGCUCGGAUCCCUCAUUCGGUCCCUGCUCUCCCCAGCAGACUUCAUGUUCUACCCCUCGCAGAACAAGAACGACUCGCUGCAAGGUGAGGACGGCGGUUGGCGCGAAGUCAAGCGGCUCAUCGAGAUGAAAUGGAUACUAUGGGGUUGGGACGCCGUCAUCUUCGCGGUUGUACGACGGCAUUGACGGGCGCCGAGGAUAUCAACGGUCUCUGGCCGGCCGAGGGACGGCCCCCUCUCGGAGAGGAUAGGCCAGAUGGACGGCUGUUAGGAACAUUCCCUUCGCUUCCCGAACAAUGUUACCCGUAUCGCUCGGGAUUCUUAUGACCUUCAUACCCGGACCCUGGAUUCCCUACUUACUUUUAUUUUCCAAUCCCCUCAUGUGAAUUACGAACGCGCAUCAAUAUGUAUGAUAGUCACCAAC